AUGGAGACGCAGAGAAGCAAACGGAGGAGGGUGUACUCGUACGAGCCCCCCAUGCAAUCCAUCGCUGACUUCGCUCACAGCUACCUGGCCUACCUCUUGCCAGCCCUCCUCAAGAUCGAAAGGAUGAGAUCUCGCCGGAGGAUCAGAGUCCAGGAGGUCGAGGAGGCCGUGAAAGCGGAGGUCAACCUGGCGCUGGUGGCGGCUGCCGGUGGCUUCGCUUGGAGCCGCGCGCUGGAGCAGAAGCUCCGCCACUGCACGGCCAGGCCCCCUUCCAUUCUCUCUCUAUCCCGCGAGCAGAAGAACUCGAUCGACGGCGGCGCCGCAGUCCCGCCGUCAACUUCCGGGGCCUGCAAAUGCGAACCAGAGAGGGCUGGAGCUUCUUCGUCUUUCUCUGCCUCCGAGGGGAAGCCGCUGGAGGGAGGCAACGACGAGCUCCAGGAUCGGAUGAGGAUCUUGAGGAGGAUUCUCCCUGGCGGGGAGGCUCUGGGUUUGACCGAGCUGAUCUCCGGGGUCAACAGCUACGUCGUCUGCCUCGAGCUGCAAGUCGACGUCCUCCGGUCUCUCGUCGACACUAGUUGA